CCGUCAUGUAUCCGUGCGAGUAUUAUCAUACCUCGUUCUAUUGACAUAGCUAAUUGAGGAUUCUAAAGAAGCAAUAUAUUUUUUAUUUUAUUAUUAUCAUGAUAUACAAGUUUUGAACUCAUCUAUAGAUUGUUUUCUUGGUCGGACCACCAAUACAGUUCGAUUUUAUAAACAACGAUUUUGUUAAUAAUUUAAAAUCACAAAUUUCAUAGAUGAUUAUUUUGGUAACCGGUAUUUAAUCAAGAGGUGGGUUUACACAAAAUAUAAUUAGGCCCAACGCCCGAGUACCAUAAUCUGAGCCCAGACCAGAUAAAUAAUUAGAAGCUGAAGCUCAAUUAUAGACGAGCCCGUGUUGAUCAUUAGCUCAUUAGCCAUUCAGUACUCAAAAACCCCUCCCAAACCCAUAACCCCCAGUUCUCCUGGAUUCAGCCAUUGCUGUCGUCUUGUUCAUCCAAGAGGAAUUGCGGGAGAGAGUUCGGAAAAUGGCUCUGUUGCGAGCAAUAUUGCAGACAAGAACUCUGCAAGCGAAUCCGGCACCUGGGUUCUCCAGAUUCUACUCUCAGUCCUCCCCUUAUCUCGUGAAAGUGGGGAUUCCGGAGUUCUUGAAUGGAAUAGGGAAAGGUGUUGAGAACCAUGCGGCCAAGCUUGAAAAUGAGAUCGGAGACUUUCAGAAACUCCUCGUUACUAGGACAUUGAAGCUUAAGAAGCUUGGAAUCCCUUGUCAACAUAGGAAGCUGAUAUUGAACUUCGCCCAAAAGUAUAGGCUCGGACUCUGGCGACCCAGAGCAGAACCUAUGAAAGCGAAAUGAACCUCUGAAGCACGAUAUCUCGAGCAGUAGCAACGUUUGCUUGUUCGUUGUUGGCUGACCGAAGAGAGAUCUUAGUAUAUUGAUCUGUAUGAGCUGUCAGAUUUCUCAGUUAUUGUCCUACCUCAUGGUUUGUAUUACUUGGCAAUGUAGUGAAGGAUGCAGAACUGAAGUGUGGCAAAACAUUGUUAUUACACAUGAGAGAAAGAUCACUUGACAAAAACAUUCCAUAGUUUAUAUGAUCUUUCUUAAGCACCUGCAUUUCUUCUGUUUUAUAGCUUGUUAUAUGGAUGUACCGUUAUCAAUUGAACUUGCAAUUAUCACACUAUUUCAUUCGAGUGAUGUUUCGAGAUGGGAUCACAAAAGUCAUGCUCUGAGUAUUAAUUUGUUUGAUGUCGGGUUCAACUGUUAAAAGCAAUCACCAAUCAGUCGGUACAAUGACAUGUACAACGGGAACAUUAGUUUGCUUGGGAGGCAGUCUAAGUGUUUCUCUCUAAGUUGUCGCUUGCUUGCGAGACAAGCCGUCCAAGACUGGGCCUUUUUCCACUCCAAUAAGCUCCAAUUGUAACUCUGAAAGUUCACUCCAUACUGCAGGUAAGGCUGCUGAGGAAGAUCGAGCCACAUGUAUCCUUGUGAAAUCCGAUGAGCCAGUUUCGGUAAAAAAAAAUAAUUGUGCUUGGACAGGCCUGGAAAUGAAGUUCUUAUCUGGAGCGUAGGCCUGUAACAGAAACCCUUAAGAUCAUCAGCAGGAGGCUUUGAAACAUUUGAUAACAUAAGCUCUAACGGAUAAAGUGUGCAAGCAAUG